AUGAAGCAACCCACUUUGGCUGGCACGAGCAGGUCAGCCGGCCCUUGUCAAUCUGUGCGCAGACAGCCUACCGUCAAGUUGGUCGCCAUGUUGACGGGUGAAAAGUCAAACCAACGCCCCAACUACCACCAGUCAAUCACUUGGCGCUUGCCCUAUUUCCACUCGCCCAGUCCGUCCCACCGGUCCCUUAGCCUCGCCGCCUUCCUUUUAUCAGCUCACCAGGCACUGCUUCUCUCAGAACGCCGGCAGAGUUGA